UCCUUAAAGAUCUCCAUUUUCGCGCGGGAAGUCGUUGCUGUUGGUAAAGAAGAUCAACCAAUGCCAUACCUCCUGUUUCUGCAAGGUGGAUCGGGUUUUGAAUCCCCGAGACCAACUGAAGGCAGUGGAUGGAUACUUAAAGCUUGUGAGGAGUUUCGUGUUAUAUUAAUGGAUCAGAGAGGAACAGGAUUAUCAACUCUGCUGACAACAUCAUCCAUGCUGCAAUUUAAGUCUGCCUGGGAUUUGGCUGAUUACUUGAAACAUCUUUGUGCUGACAGUAUAGUCAGUGAUGCUGGGUUUAUCUGUGUUCGUCUUGUUCCUGAUACUGUUUAUGGACCUUGCUUUGAGCAGGUUGCUCGUCAGAAUGAAAAGUACUACAAGAAGUAUCCUCAGGAUAUUGAAGUUGUUCGUGGAGUUGCAAACUAUUUGGCAGAAUCUGAAGGGGCUGGGGUUCCUCUUCCAUCUGGGGACAUCUUGACCCCAAGGGGGCUACAACUUCUUGGUCUUUCUGGUUUACGAUCUAGUGCAGGUUUUGAACGCCUUCAUUAUCUGUUUGAGAGGGUCUGGGAUCAUGUAAUAGUCCCAGGAGCACCUAAGAAGAAUAGUUUCUACUUCUUGAAUGCUGUAAGUUUGACAAUUGAUUGGGUUUUGAUUCAAACCCACUCUAUGCUCUUAUCCAUGAGUCAGUUUACUGUCAGGUAGAUUAUGCUGUUUAUUCUAUUCCAUUUGCUUGAUGAGCAACAUUUUGCUGCAUACGUUACCUUUAAAAAGGAAGGAAAAAAAAUCAAUAUGUGGUUGAACAGGUUUUACCAUGGCCAAAUCCAAACAAUACCAUUGGGACUCUUAUCUCAGUUGCAAUAUUCCACUCACAUGUGUGUAUGAUUUGAUUUUUGAGUUAUUUGUGGUUUCUUAAUUCUAUAAAGGGUGCUUCAUCUCGCUAGUCUGCUCAACGACUGAGGGCUAAAUAUGAGAACAAGUUUGAUGCAAUCAAGGCUGCAGGUGAAGGACGCCCUGUACUUUUUACAGGGGAGAUGAUGUUCUCAUGGAUGUUUGAUGAAAUUCAUGCUUUGAAGCGUUUUAAAGAUGCUGCUCAUUUAUUGGCCGAGAAGGAAAAUUGGCCCGUAUUAUAUGACAAAGCUGCAUUAAACAAUAACAAGGUUU